GCACAAUUAUAACCCCAGUGAGAUGACUCGAAUGGUGGCCUGCGCUGCUGCUUCCGUGCGUGAAUUGGCGCAGUGUCAACCAAAAAUGAGUCUGAUUGCUCGAGUCCUCAAAGGGCAUCAAUCUGCUGCUGACCUUGAUGAUGGGACCGGAGCCGGGCCGAGUAACCUUGACCUUGAGGACGGCAACAGCAAUUACAGGGAACCUACAGGUGGAUAUGGCUUGCCGUGUCCAUCUGGCUCGAGUAGCGAGGGUCCUAGCUGCCAAACAGCCCGAUAUCUGGAGAUGGGGAGGAUGUAGCUUACAUGUCGUGGCUUGAAUAGUUUCUAAACCUCCUUGUUUUUCACAUUUCACCACGGAUGGCAAGAUAGGCGAAGUAAUUCAUGGUGGAACACAUAGAUAAGUUGUAUGGUUUGGUAGCGUCACUCUGUUAAAGUUGUUAGUAUUUUC